AUGGAGAAUCCAAUUCCGAGGCUAAAUCUCAAUGAAAAUGAUGAAGUUCCAGUUGAAAGCGAUGCAAUUUCGAUUUCAAGCACCAAUCGAUCGGACAAUUUGCCCUCUGUGGAUCCUUUGAAACGUCGAAAUUUGUUUGUAAUAACAGAAUUGUAAGUUUUCGACAUAAAAUUUAUAUUAUUUUUGAUGUUUAGUCGCUCCAUUUGCAAUCGGCCGCCUGAAGGGAUUUAUGUCCGACCUAGUGAGCUGGAUCUACUUGGUAAGUGAGAAGAUGGUCUUGACUCGCUCUAAAGAUAAAGUUCGGACCGUAUGCUGCCAUCAUUUUCUUUGAACUUGAAAAAUUGUAUUAGCUAUGAUUUUAGAAUGGUAUGGAGUCAUUGUGGUGAAAGCUGGGGUCUUUGCUGGUGGAAUUUUUCGGUUUACAUUGACAUUAUCACCCAGUUUCCCAGAUACGGAUCAAAUUCCGGUAAGUUCCACUUUUUUCUUAUUUUUUUUUCUUUAGACAGUUGAAUUUGAGUUAAAUCUGUUCCAUCCCAUGAUUCACCCCAAGACAAAUCGCGUGGAUUUCCAUCGUUUCUUUCCCAGUGGUUGGGCUCCUGAUCGGAAUCACAUCUAUCAUGUUCUACAAGCCUUACAGGCACUCUUCUUUCGAUAUGAUUGUACAUUAGACCAGGCGGCUAAUCCCGAGGCUGCUCUUUUAUGGGCUGAUGAUCGAAAAAAGUUCAAGAAGAUGGCGAAUACAGCUGUACGAGAUAGUCGAACACAGAUUUACGAUCCACCAAAAUCAGAUGACCCUCAGGCAUUGAAAUUUAAACCUUGGGAUGGCAGUAUUAUGGAGCCGGUUUUGAGUAUGAUUCAUGGGACAACUACUCCUCCAAAAGAGCAUCCAUUGAACGAUGUAUUAUCUAGACAAGAUAAUCCUUUUGCCAGCUUCUUUAAUGUGGAGAAAACCAAGUAUUUAUGUGAUGUUUUGCCUGUAAGUUGAUACUGGAAUUUUUAUAUUUAUUGUUCAAAAUUUAGGAUGUGAACGCUGAAAGGAAGGAUAGUGACCCUGAUCUUGAUAUGGACGUGCAAUCUGACGAUAUUGAAGAGGAAAUACCUGAUAGUUCUUAUGUGGCGGGUAUCGAAGAAGAAGAUGAUGUAUAA